AUGUCCAAGAAGGAUGUGGCGUGUUUCUGGAUCGUACUGCUCCUGUGCCAAGAGUUACGGACCGACCCGAUCGCAGGGAUGGGACCAUCCUCCGGCAUCCUGAUUCAAGAGACACCAGGGUUCAUCUUAACAGAGAAGAGGAUCCUGACCCGACGUGUGUUCGUCAGCUUGGACCCCAAGAUUUCCAUCGAGAAGGCAUACAACAUUUCAUCGAUGCAGCUUCCUGAGUUACAGACUUGGUACCAGAUGCACCUCCAAAGAGCACAGGACCGUGUGCGAAACAUCUUGGAGCAAGCCCGGAAACCAUUUGUAUCCAGUUCUAUUCCGAUGAGCAACCGACCCAAAAGGUUCCUCACCGCUAUAAUUGUUGCAUUAGUUUGUGCCACUGUCGGUGCAGUUGUCGCAACUGGAAUGUCUGCAGCCAACUCUAUUACUGUCCAAAAGCUGGAUAUGGAAAUCUAUGCGCUAAAGCAACACAUUAACGAUAUUCAUCAGGUGAUACAACAGCAAAGAACACUUCUCCAAGACGUGUUAACUAUUGUGGAAGACACAGUUGUUACAACAAAUUUGCAUUCAGAGUUAAUUGCCAAAUCCACUGAGUUGCACCAAAGUCAUGACUUAUUUAAGCGUGAACUUCUAUUUCUGCAUGACCCAAUACUGUUCCAUACACUUGCUUUUCUUGACGAAGUGCAAACUGGAAUGAUCGAAUUGGCAGGGGGACGCAUACCUCUGUAUUUUGUAUCCAAGGAUAUUGUUCAUGCGAUGCUUGCCAAUGUGGAUGGAGAGACAAUUGAGCCUAUGCAAUUAAAUCUGGCCUUUGAGAUGGGGAGCGCUAUACCUCUCUUAAUUGAUCCGGAACGUAUGGAGAUUUGCUUUUUAUUGACCAUACCAUAUGUAACUCCCAAAGACAUUUUUCAAAUGAAAAUAAUGUACUAUGUAAUAAUGAUAUUAUGGUUGAUUGUACUAAGUGUAAAGUUCAAAACUCUUACAGGUACAAAUAUAUACAAAAAUGUUCAUUCCACGCACGGGCCUAUGUUAGAAAUGAUGUGAUUGCACAAUAUGUCUGAUAACUUCUAUAGUGCUUAUUCAUAAGCUAAAUUAAUUUUGGCUAUGAAAUGCACUAAAGGGGGGUUAUGUCAGGGUAUUUAUAUCAGCAGACAUUUUGUGCUAUGAUAGAAACUAAAAGUGUAUAUUCUGAGUCACUCUGAACAGACCAGACUCCAUUUUGUUAUUUCAAAUUAACAAAGAAGACACUAUAUUUCUAUCUGCAAGCUAACCACUUUCCCAGAUCUGAGGAAUGCAUAGUAUAUACAAACAAGUGAUAAGGAAGGGGGUUGGAUAGACUGUCUAAAAUGCUAAUGGAAUAUAAUCAAAUCUAAACCCAGACAAUUGUGACAGAGAAGAUUAAAUAAUUUAAUAUUUAACUGUCUAUAUAUAUAAGGUACCAUUGUAUGGAAAAGGGUAAACUUAGUUCAUGAUCUGUCAUAUCAGAAAUUAUGGCAGGAAUUGCAGACGCUAAGUCUGGACAAAAUUUAAGAAACCCUUUGAAAUUUUAAAUUAUGGCGCUAUAAAGAUAACGCAAAAUGACGUCAAAAUAGCCACCAGGAAAAGUUAACUCUUUCCUGGAUAGGUAUGUUUAGUGGGACAAGACUGCCCUCUACAGACCAAAUAACUAAUUUGCGAUCUGGAAGAUAACCACACCUCUAGUGCUUCUAUUGGGUUAUCAACUGAUGACGUACAGAGAGUCUGGCCCUUUAAAAGUUAGGACAAAGGGAAGAUAGAGGAGGCAAGAGAGACAAGAUACAGGAGAGGAGGCAGAUGCAAGAUAUGCAAAAGAGAAAAGAGAGGAAUUGGAAGUUUGGGGAUUCCAACUCGGACAACAUCUGAGACUAACAUUCUACUCCUAAAACUCUAACACUUAGAAUUUACUGACUUUCUAACCAACACCUCCAUGCAGAGAGACUACCAAUCGGAUGAAAUAUCUACUCAACUGGUAAUUAUACUGGUUUCAUUUAAUUAAAUUAAAUUAAUUAAAAUGUAUUAAUAGCAUUAUAUAUGACUGGAUAAAGCACGGUCAGAUUUCCAUAUUAAGAAAUCUUAGUUAACUAAGAAUAUAUAGUUAUAAACAUUCCAUUCUGCAGGUGGAAUUAAGAAUAAUUAUAUAUUGAUGUGAUAUUAUCACGUGUUAGCAUACCGCUGUUUUUAUCCAGGUGUAUUGAUUUGCUCUAAAUUAAGAUAGAUAUCUUUUAGACAAAUUAAAAAUCUGCUUAUAUAAUGUGGUAAAUUCUCUUAUGGAUGGUUUAAGAAAAUGACUAGUGAACUGGUUUAAAUGUUAUUUUAUUUAAAAAUACAUAAGAAUAGAUCUUAACUACCUAGGAGAUCUAGCCAGCAUUGAAAGGGUUAUUCUAACUGUCUGCUAAACUUUACGACCUUACGCUGCACUCUGAGGAAUUCUGUUCUUAGCUGUGAAAAGUCUGUGUUAAAGAUAGUCAUAAAUCGUCAGAAUUCUUGACAGAUAAUGCCGUUUAGCCAUUGAAACGUAAUCCCCAUUUCUUUGUAUUGCAUACCAUUUUAUACUGGAUAUUCAUUGAUUAUUGUCAUGCAUGUUACAUGUUAUUAUUAUUAAUUUGUUAUCAUAAAUAAAAUCUAUUUUUAUACAUUGUGAUUAAUUAUAUGAAAUACAUUCCACUUAACACGAUAAACGUUCUUUGGGAUCUGAGAAUUGAAAUAGUGGGCAAUUCUCACUGUUACUAUUAUUAUCCCAUAAAUAUCCCCACAUGGUUUAAUGUUGAUUGGAUCGAACAGAUCUAGUUGCAGUACAUGAAUAUGUAAAUAAAGGACUUCUACGAAUAACCAAUUGAAAUAUACAAGGGCGGACCACGAUAUGCCCUUAAAUACCCAUACUAAAGAUGGAGAAACUAUAAUCAACAUCCUGACAAAGCCAGAAGGAAAAACGCGUAGUUGUAUGAGGCGACGCCAUAUUAUGGGCGGAGUCUAAAGGGCCAGCAGCAUUCCGUUUGAAUGGUUAUUCCCAGGAAUAAACAAGUUUGGAACCACAGAAGAUAGCCAACCUGUGUACGGGAGGCAUUGGUGUCGGGAAUAA